CACAACUAAACAGAGAACUCAACACAAUGGUCAAGUCAAAGGCCGAGCCAGUAUAUGGCACCGGACUCAUUGCCAGCAAUUUGCUGAGCGAGGGCGACAUGGUGGAGCGAGAGAAGAAAUAUACGCAGCGAUUGCUCGAUAUUGGUGUAAGCAGUGCCUUCAUCAAGGAGUCUACCCUGGAAUUCGAGAGACUGGAGGAGGAGCGUCGUCUUCGCGAACACUGGGAUCAUCAUUUGCGCUGCGAUGGAUUGCCGCGUCCCUAUUUGCCACCGGAGAUGCGUACCUUUAUCGAGAAGAAGCGAUACUUUCAACAACUCGAUGUGGAUCACAGCGUCGACUGGACGCUGUCUGUGGAUGAGCGCACUGUCCUCACCCAGGACAUCUUUAGGAAUGAACGUACAAGGACCAAGGUCAAAGAGCUGAUGGAUGAUCAUGUUGGGGAUCGCUUUGAGCAGGACAUCAUCAUGUAUUUGGAUACGUUGGUCAAGAUCGAUUGUAUGCUCGAUACUGCUGCCGAAAUGGAGUAUGUGCGUUUUGGGCGUCAACUAGAAAUUAUGGAGGUGCGCAAGGAGCUGGAGCAUGAGAUCGAUACCAGCUUCGAUAGGUUGACGUAUCGUAUCAUACGCAUGGAUGGCGUCUAUAUGAACUCGAAGGAUGCGAUGGUGGCAACUUGGUCCCAUGCAGGUGCUCGUUAUGAUAUUGAUAUCUGGGGACUUCGCGAUGUGCCGAUACGGUUUAAGGAACUGCCUACACCGUUAAUGGUUGCUGAACUUAAGACUGCGGGCGUCGAAGUUCAGAUGCCGUUGAGCGUGCUCCAUGAUUGCCUAACGUUGAGGUGCAUCCACACAAAGUUUGACAACCACUCUCAGUAUGCGAAGAGCUUCGAUCCGAUAAUACCCGAUAGUCCAGUUCAAGCUAAUGGUGGCAUUGUGGAUAUCGAGGAUUGUCUGAUCAAUGAGUGGCUGAUGCAGCUGGAUAUCCAACAGGAGCUGCUGGCGAGCAUGAUGGCGAAGCGCGAGAACUAUGAGGAUAUUAUGCGCACCAUUGCCGAGAAGACCGAAAAGAUGAACAAGGAGAAGAAGGCGAAUGAGGGCAAGUCUACGAAAACAGUAAUACCCAAGGCACCCAAAGAACCACCCCUCGUCCCUCCCGGCAUGUUUCCCGAUGCGUACGCCACUUUUUUGGAACGCGAGCAGCAGCAGUAUCUAGAUACACUCGAUGAAAUAUACAAUCCACGACAUCUAAAACUCACUUCGGAUGAGGUCAAUAUGAGACAGCACAUCAUGCUGGGCGGCCUAUAUUCGAUAAUGUUUGUUCGUCAAACGCCUGGCACUCAUUACGAGAAGUUCAACAUAAUGCUGCACGAGGAUGGUCGCAUUCUGCACAUUAUGGAUGAUAUAGUGGCCGAUUUGAGAGCGCCCACUUGGGCGGAUGAUGUGUCAGCACGACGAUCCCGUCUGCAAAUGGAUGAGCAGAAACGUAAGACCCUCAACAUUGACGAGACGGAGCUGCCCUAUUUCUUUGUGACCAUACACAUGCCGCGUGAGCUGUGCAUGUGGGGUGAUCCGAUUGCCUGUCAGUAUAUAACCAGCAUGCAGGAGGUUGAGUCUGAAAUAUCGCUUGUCCCUGAGAGAAGAGAAACGUUUAGCAAGAAGAGAAGAUCGCGAUUUGGUGCGUCAAGGAUUGGAAGUGCAAUACACCCGCAACCAAAUCCAUUCCAGCCUCGCAUCUCUCGUCGCGAAAAUCAAUCAGUCAACGUCUUUCGUCCUACGCUGAUUUCGCGGCUGCGGGCCAGCCAUAAGCUGGGGCCGCAGCAGCAUCUGAUUGGCUUGAGCAAUUUUCAAUUGGAGCAGAAAUUGAAUCAUUUGCAGGCGCGUCAAUUGGAACGGUUUUGUGUACCGCGGAUAAUAUCCUCGUUCAAGUUUCCUAUGGAGGUCAGGGAGGAGCUGCAACAGCAGUUAGAUCAAAGGCCAAAGAUGAAAAAUAUGCUAAUUAGACGACGCAGCAUCGAAGCUGAGGAGAAUACUGUAAUCGGUGACUUGGAUUUUGAUUAUUAUGCACAGGAGGCGCCGGAACGACUCUUUCCCAUCUAUGCGAAUCUUGAGCAUGUGGAUUACGAUGAUGGGGACUUAGAUAGCGAAAUGAUCGACAAGAAGUCCAUAUACGGGCUCUUGAAUACCUUAGAUACACACCGAUUGCUGUACACCACACGGUACACGGCUAUCAUGAAACAGCCCGAUUUCGACUUCAAGAAGGUGCCAUCGAAAAAGACUAUCAUGUCGUCUGCAGAAGCUCGCGCCAGCUCAAUGUUCGCAAAGAAGAUCACACAGCGACCGUCCACCAUGCGAGAGAAUCAUAGUAUUUUUGCCACACCGAGCCAAACUUGGAGCGAACUGCGUUCCACGAGCCGGGCUCGAUUGAGCCUGACUGGAGAUACUGCAGAUGACGUGAGCUUAGAACGUGUCUAUCCAUUCGAGAAUCCGAGAGAUGACGCCGAAGUGGCGGGUAAGGUAAAGGUGAAGGUCACACACUGGACAACAAAGCACAUCCACAACACUAAAUUCGAUAGGCAGGCCCGCACGAUGACCAUCGAAACGGAUCGCUUGGGCAUCUUUGGAUUUGCCUACAAGCGCUACGAUCACUUUCCCUUUCGCGACUGGAGCAUGCAGCCCAACGAGGAGAAUAAUGAUGAAAUUAUUUUAACUGUGGAUACGUUCCGGGCACGCGUUGUGCUCUACAUUACGGGCCAGGGCAUCAGGGGCUAUGUGACUGAUAUAAGCAAUGUUUAUGUGGCCAAUCCGGUUAAAUAUCUCGAAAUUACCACACCCAUAUCGGAUUAUCGUGAACUGCGCAGGCGUUUCUAUGAAAAGAAUGUGAAUAUCUUUGCGGAAAAUGAUGCCGGCUUUUAUAUUGAGAACGGAUAUUUCUCCGUGAAGCAUGUGGCCCUUGAGAAUCAUACAUAUGAUGCGAUGUCCUUGCACUGCAAACUGAUGAAGUUCUAUCGCUCCAGCUGGAAUCGCUUAUCCUCGCGUCGCAAUAUCCUUAUGUGCAUGAAGAAUGCCAAGGAUAAUACCGAUUAUACGGAAGCCACAUUGCGCCUUACACCGGACGAUGUGACCUUUGUCGAGGUAUCCGAACUCUGUUCGGAUGAUCUCGAUGUCAUCAAGCUGGACUUUAAAUUGACGUGGCGCAACAUGACCCACUAUACGGAUUUGCAUCAGGCCAUUCUCUCGAUGAAUCCUCAUGCCAACGAUGUGAGAAACAAGGAUUCACUUUUGCUAUUUCAGGUCAAACGUAUACUCAAUGAAAUUCGUCUAUUGAGUUUUUCGUAGAUUCAAUCAAAUAAAAUGGUUUGCAUGAAA